AUGGGAAGGCUACUGUUGAUAUGGGGACUGGGGGUAACUGCCGCCGCCACCGCAGCGGCGGCGGAGUUCACCGGUGCAGCUUCUCCGGGGGCUCUGUGCCCCAUGAAUCUCACUUACGCUUCGUCGUCCCCGUGGAACACCAGCUCAUGUCUGCCGGAGACCAACAACCUCGCGGGCUGCUGCAACACCCUCCUCACCCUCUUCGCCGUCGGCCUGGCCAGGCGGCUGAGAGAAACCGGCCGGUUCCGCCUCCCUGACCUGCCCACCUCCGCCGCUUGUCUUGCGGAUUUCCAGUCCAAUCUCACGGCCCUCUCCCUCCCCUCCACCCUUGUCCCCUCCUGCUUCCCCCCCUCGAGGUUCGUCGUCAACGAGACCACCUGCGCUGGCAUCCAGACCCUCGACGACUGGACGAGGAAGCUCGGGAACUCCUCCGCCUUGCACGCCGCCUGCUCGCACGAGCUCUCCGCCGGCAACCGGUGCCGGGUCUGCCUCGAGGCUGGCUCGACCUUCUUCUCCCAGCGGACGCCCAUCGUCGGCAACGGCUCCCAGAGCAUCGACUGCUUCUACUUCCUCGCUACCUACAUGGCGGGGAUAGCCAGCGAAAACGGACCAGAGGACCCGAACACGGCUCGCUGCAUCUUAGGCCUUCCCCUCGUCUCUCGGCCGCCCACCCAGAGGCGGAGGACUGCCGGCAAGGGCCUCUCCACGCUCCAGCUUUGCCUCACCAUCGCCAGCGUAGUAUUCGCCGUCAUCUCCGCCAUUUUGGCGGCCGCCGCAUAUCUCCGGCGGUUCCGGAAGAAAAACCAAGGAGAGGAGGAACAGGGGCGGCGGAGAGCGGCGUCGACCUGGUACGAUAUCAAGGAGCUGGAGAAAGCCACCCGCAACUUCUCGGAGAAGAACGUGAUCGGAAGGAGUGCUUUCGGCGUCGUGUACAGGUGCGAUUUACGGAACGCCUGAUUUGUAUUUUUUUCCCAGCGAAGGAUAGAAUAUUUUGUGUCCUCGUGAUGAUAUUAUCUUAAACCACAGAGGCACCCUCUCCGACGGCAGCCGGGUUGCAGUGAAGAAGAUGAUAGAGUCCGAUUUCCAGGGCGACGAGGAGUUCCGGAACGAGAUGGAGAUCAUCGGCGACUUGAGGCAUCGGAACCUCGUGCCACUUAGAGGCUCCUGUAUCGUCCGCGGAGACGAAGAAGAAGACGGCGAAAGGAGCCACCGGUACCUCAUCUACGAGUACAUGCCCUACGGCAGCUUGCACCAGCUGAUAUUCCCCGAGCAGAUGAAGGGUAGCCGCCAGCGGAGGCUUCUGACCUGGUCGGAGAGGAAGAGGAUCAUCCUGGACGUGGCCGAGGGGCUCUGCUACCUCCACUACGGGGUGAAGCCGGCGAUCUUUCACAGGGACGUGAAGCCCACGAACAUACUGCUCGACGGCGACAUGAGAGCGAGGGUCGCCGACUUCGGCCUGGCCAGGCAGAACCGCGCCGGAGCGGGGCACAUCACCACAAGGGUCGCCGGCACGGUCGGCUACCUAGCGCCGGAGUACGCCCUUUAUGGCCGCCUGACGGAGAAGAGCGACGUCUACAGCUUCGGCAUGGUGGUGCUGGAGGUCAUGAGCGGGCGCAAGGCGCUCGAGAGAUCGCCCUCAGAGAUCGUCCUCCUCGCAGACUGGGCGUGGACGCUGGUGAAAUCCGGGAGGGCGCAUGAGGUGCUGGAGAGCUCGCUGCGGGGCGGCGGCGAGGAACGGGCUAGCGCCGGCUGGGGGACCAUGGAGAGGUUCGUCCGCGUGGGGGUGCUGUGCGCCAAUGUGGCGGUCGCCCUCCGCCCCACCAUGCGGGAGGCGAAGAGGAUGCUGGAAGGGGACAUCGACCUCGUCCCAAUACCGGACCGGCGAUUGCCUCUCUGCCGUGGCUUCCCUCGCCCAUAA